AUGGUGUCCCCUGUUGUCAUCAACACACAAAUUUCUGCGCUGUAUCCUUCUGCACAUCCGAUUCCUGUUCCGACCAUCCAAAACUAUAUCCAUGAUGCCCCUGCACCACAUCCCUCGAACUUACCACCGGAACACGCCAAUCAUGCCGCGUUCUGUCGCAGCGCAGCCUGCGGCAUCAUUCUGCUUCGCGUCACCCAUUGGGGCCGCAUGCUCGAACUGGUUUCACUAAGUUCCGACAUUCCUCCUCUUCGUUUCGAUUUCCCUUCGCGUCUUCUGCCCUACCCCGCGUUGUGGCAGAUCGGUGGCGAACUUUGUCUGGUUGCCUUAACAGAACACGGCUCCCUGUAUCGCAUUUUGAUCCCUAUCCGCGAGGGCAAGCCGGCAUGGUCACCCCAAUCCAAUCGACAGGUGUGUAACGAGUACGUUGUCCAGGGCAUGAAGGGGUCCACAGGUGUACUCGUAGCUGUGCAAGGAGAGUUCUCUGUCGCUAUUCAUCUAUCAAAUGGAACCCUAUUACGACUCGACCGUGAUCGUGACAGCGUGGACGGUGAAGCCCUAGACUUAAUCUCACUGUUGGGUUCCCACUCACUUGCCGAUCUUGUAGAUACAUGGGGCGAAGGCGGCCGGUUAUCCGACCUCUUUUCGUUAAACCCAUUCUCAUUUCUCCGCUCAAUUCCAAGCGGCGCAUCUGCGGAGGGCCAACGCGUCGUUUGCAUGACGGGCUGCGUAGCGCCAACAGAGCUUCCUUAUGUCUGGACCCUGUCGCGCGACCGCACAUUCCGACUUUGGGGUUCCAGCCCCAAGUCUGAGGUUGUGAAGGUCUUACCUGCAAUUGCACCCGCAGAGAUCGGAGAUCCCGACUUAGGAUCAUCUUCAAGCGCAUCAAAGCCAGCGGCUCUACUUGCUCCCGAUCCACAAAAGCUCAUAUAUGCUUGGCCUGUCGGCGACAAUGUCCCAAGACAAGCAAAUGUCCUGGUAUUCAUCCCCACUGAAUCUGUCGCCACGUCCGGGGGGUUCUUCCUCCUCUGGCACUGCAGUGAUUCGAAUUCUAUGGAGCUGCGUCGUGUGCUCGAGGCUCCGGUGGACAGCGCUCAUUGUCACCUGCAGGACUUCCUAGUACAUGAAAAUGACCUGUGUACCUUGUGGGACAAGGAAGGUCAAUCCGUGGUCCACGUUAUUAAUUUGAGUGAACGAGAUACCCGCUGGUGCACUUUCACUCACCCUGAAGAACACGAACUUACCCCAGCAUAUCUCGAUCAAUUACUUCUGGCCUCCGGAUCCCUUUCGGAGAAGUUCUUCGAGGCGAUCAUGCGACCAGGCAUGUUCUCCCCUCUCACCUUGCAGACUGCCAUCGACCAGUACACCGAUGCAUGCCGUUCCCUCCCUCCGCCUUACCCACCACAACUGCUGACCACAUACGCCAACUACGCCGAACAGAUCGCUGCGGUUGUAGGCUGUACUGUGAAAUUAAUGCAGGACCCACAGACAGGAGCUUCGCAAUACUCAAAUUACUGGAACGCGUUGAAGCGGGACUGGGAAGGUUUCAUUGCACGAUGCAGGGAGGUGGAGAGAAGUGCGCGUCGGCCACUUGCGAUCGGGUUCGACGACCAAUCCAGGAGCCUGCUCGUCAGCGAGCGAGAACGCGUGGCGAAGACCGUCAAGAAAGACGCCGCUCUGAUGUGGUAUGACCAGUUGUCUGCAGGCCAAUAUGCGGAAGGAUUCCCUAUUGUAGAGCUCGUCUGGAAACUCCGCGACAAACUGGAGCCCCGAACUUUGGCUGCCCUGGAGUCGCGGGUCGUAGACCUCGUACACCAGGAAAUUGCGUUUCCCUUCGCGGACAUCAUUCAAGACCAGGCGCAGCGCAUGGAGUACAGAGACAUGAUAGACGAGGGUUUGGAGAGCUGGGUUGAAGGCCGCUUGCAAGCCAUCGAAGACGUCGAGGGCGGGAUUCGCAAUAUCCUAGACAUUAUCGGCGGUUAUGAUCCAGCGGUGAAGGAUGAACCGACUGAUGUCAAUCUGAAGGAGAUGCCUAAGAUGUCCGAGCUCACACGAGUCUUCGCGGCGUCCUACCUGACCGCGACGACGCACGUCAGGUAUGAGCUGUGUCUGUCACUCGUUGCCCUUCUUUUCCUCGUCGCAGACGAUUUGGCUUCAUGGAGUGUCUCCCUUCUGACCGAAGUUUUCGCCCUAUUCCGCGGAGCAGCCAUGCUCCGUUAUGCAGUGCGGCAGCCUGCUGACAUCGCCGCUCCUUCUCUCCCUGCGGAGACUGCUUCCAAUGAGGAUGACGUCGUAGCCAAGAUGCGCAACAUGCAAGUGACUGGUCGGCAUCCCGGGUUGACCCCGACAUUUUCGCUCAUUCAUCGCCUGUUGGCGUUGUACGGCGGCCUUAUGGAGCCACUCCCCAUCUCCUUACACAAGUGGAUGGACCACGUCGGAUUGCUAGCAUCCAGUACUCCAGCGCACGCCACGAAAAUGGAAGUGCAAUUUUGUGAAAGCCUCCGAUUCCUCGGCUAUCGUGAAGUCGCAAGGGAAAUGCUAGCUUGGCUUCCGCGGACGCCCGGCGUUACGUAUGUGCUGGGACGCCUGUGGCUCGAUGACAGCCGGUUCGACGAUGCGGCGUCGGUCAUGGAAUGCAUAGCGGGAAGUUUUGGAACUGAUCUCUCAUUAUCAGUUGAAGACAAGGAGGCCCUUGCUGCCGUCUUGCCCGGCGCGGGGUUCUUUGCGUCAGAAUUUGAAUUCUAUAUUCAUGUGGGCGGAUUGUUCAAAGGGGCGGGAUCAGCGUCGCAUGAGGUGUAUUUUACCCAACUCGCAAUUUCAGUUGCACCACCCAGUACAGAUGCUGCAUCCUUGUGGCACGGUGUUAUAAGAGGCCUCACGGACUUGGGCCUCUACGAAGAUGCCUACGCUUCUCUUAUGUCGACCCCAUAUGACAACCUAAAACGAGAGUGUAUCGGCCGGUUGGUGGACCGAAUGUGCGAGGAAAGUGCGGUACAACGUCUCAUGUCCUUUAAUUUCGCCGGGUUUGCCGACGAGGUGGAGGACGCGUUGUCGUACAAAGCACGCAACGCAGAUCCGCUCAUACGUCCGCUGUACUCGAGGAUCCUGUACUCGUGGUACGUUUCACGGGGCGACUAUCGCAACGCUGCGCUUACGAUGUACCAACGGGCACGCAAGCUGGCCUCUCUGAUCGGCGACUCGGAAAACUCUAUUAGCCUCGUUGAAGCACAGCUGGAGGCUUAUGCAGUGAGCAUGAGCGCUCUUGCCCUCAUCGAUCAGAGAAACGCCUGGAUUGUCAUCCCCGUCACGGCAGAGACCGGACACGCGCAACUUCGAAAACGUCGCAAACUGACUAAGCAUAUACCCGAAAAUCGAUAUUCUUUAGGGAGCCGUGAUGCUGAAGUCAUUGACCUGGCGGACAUGCAAUACGAGUAUACACUGCUGACUGCACGUCUAGAGCUGAUCCGACGAGAGCCCACGCUGUUGUCGGCUGGCGGACUACUUCUACCGCCUCAGUCUGCAGUGAUAAGGCUAGCACAAAUGAACCACUUCAACAUGGCCAUAGCUACUGCUCGUAGCCUCGACGUGGACAUGAGUGAGUUGUUCGGGCAUCUGGCACGCCAAUGCCUGCGUCUUUCCCACAAACCUGGCUCCGUAAUAGCCGAGGACACGUCUGACUGGCUGCUGACGGAUAAAGUUUCCUCAUGGCCCGGGACGCCCGUCGACAGAGGUUGGAGGUACCUGCGGCAGGCGCUGGAGCGUCAUGACGGUCCAGAAACAGAUUAUAAGUACUCAAAAAUGGUACUGGAGACCAUACUGGAGAAUGACCGAUCGUCACCACCUCCGCCGUGGUUGAUCUAUUCGCUGGAGGUACAGCAUCCGGAGUAUCUGAUCCGCACAUGUUUGCGGUAUGACAAUCUGGAGUCCGCAUUGGAGCACACAUUAUCGCUUGUGCGAAAGAGUGAGGCUUGCCUUGCGCAAGAACAGCUCAAGACGGCAUCAGCGACAUGGCUGCCGUACACACUGAUUGAUCAAGUGUUGCUAGCGGCCGAUUCGCAGGAGAACCUGUCUCCUCGUGGUGGCGAGCUGAGGAAGGGUCUGCGAACAGAGAUUGCGACCCGCAUGAAGAGGGUGCAAAAAAUGAUGAGUGAGGCUUCACGCUGAGUUGUAAUAAAACGGGGGUGGUGCCGUGGUGAGAUUUUGCUGGCGUCUGUUGAUAGCACACUGUACACGUUGUUCAUCUUGCUCUCACCGGUCGAGUCGUCUUUUUGCA